GCGCCGCGCUUCUUCCCAGGCCCGCUGCGCUCCGCGGCCAUGCAGCGCCGGGGCGCCCUGUUCAGCGUGCCGGGCGGCGGCAGGAAGAUGGCUACAGGGGACCUGGGCGAGCUACUGGUGCCGCACAUGCCCACGAUCCGCGUGCCCAGGUCGGGGGACCGCGUCUACAAGAACGAGUGCGCCUUUUCCUACGACUCCCCGAACUCUGAAGGUGGACUCUAUGUAUGCAUGAAUACAUUUUUGGCCUUUGGAAGGGAGCACGUUGAAAGACAUUUUCGAAAAACUGGACAGAGUGUGUACAUGCACCUGAAAAGGCACAUGCGAGAGAAGGUAAGAGCUGCAUCAGCUGGAGCCUUACCCAAAAGGAGGAAUUCCAAGUUAUUUUUAGAUCUAGAUUCGGAUGACGAUUUAAAUAGUGAAGAUUAUGAAUAUGAAGAUGAAGCCAAACUUGUUAUAUUCCCAGACCAUUAUGAAAUAGACCUUCCAAACAUCGAGGAGUUGCCAGCCUUGGUAACAAUUGCAUGUGAUGCAGUGCUCAGCUCAAAGUCGCCUUAUAGGAAGCAGGAUCCAGACACGUGGGAGAAUGAACUGCCAGUAUCGAAGUAUGCCAGCAAUCUGGCCCAGCUGGACAACGGGGUCAGGAUUCCUCCCAGCGGCUGGAAGUGUGCCCGGUGUGACCUGCGGGAGAACCUCUGGCUGAAUCUGACUGACGGCUCUGUUCUGUGUGGGAAGUGGUUUUUUGACAGCUCAGGGGGCAAUGGCCAUGCACUGGAGCAUUACAGAGACAUGGGCUAUCCUCUGGCCGUGAAGCUGGGCACCAUCACACCCGAUGGGGCAGAUGUUUAUUCUUUUCAAGAAGAGGGACCUGUUUUGGAUCCUCAUUUGGCCAAACACUUAGCACACUUCGGGAUCGACAUGCUUCAUGCGAACAGGACAGAGAAUGGGCUCCGGGACAAUGACAUCAAGCCAAGAGUCAGCGAGUGGGAAGUGAUCCAAGAGUCAGGGACUAAGCUGAAGCCCAUGUAUGGACCAGGGUACACGGGCCUGAAGAACCUGGGGAACAGUUGCUACCUCAGCUCUGUCAUGCAGGCCAUCUUCAGCAUCCCAGAGUUCCAGAGAGCGUAUGUAGGAAACCUCCCAAGGAUAUUUGACUACUCGCCAUUAGAUCCAACGCAGGACUUCAACACCCAGAUGACUAAGUUGGGGCAUGGCCUCCUCUCUGGCCAGUACUCGAAGCCUCCCGUGAAAUCCGAGCUCAUUGAGCAGGUGAUGAAGGAGGAACACAAGCCUCAGCAGAAUGGAAUCUCUCCACGCAUGUUCAAGGCCUUUGUCAGCAAGAGCCACCCAGAAUUCUCCUCUAACAGACAGCAAGAUGCCCAGGAGUUUUUCUUGCACUUGGUCAAUCUAGUGGAGAGGAAUCGAAUUGGCUCAGAAAACCCAAGUGAUGUCUUCCGGUUUCUGGUGGAGGAACGCAUUCAGUGCUGUCAGACCCGAAAAGUCCGCUACACAGAGCGGGUGGACUAUCUCAUGCAGCUACCUGUGGCCAUGGAGGCAGCAACCAACAAAGAUGAGCUGAUCGCCUAUGAACUGAUGAGAAGGGAAGCGGAAGCAAACCGAAGACCCCUUCCCGAGCUGGUGCGAGCCAAGAUCCCAUUCAGUGCCUGCCUUCAGGCCUUUGCUGAACCAGACAACGUGGACGACUUCUGGAGCAGUGCCCUGCAGGCCAAGUCUGCAGGGGUGAAAACAUCUCGCUUUGCUUCAUUCCCCGAAUACUUGGUAGUGCAGAUAAAGAAGUUCACUUUUGGUCUUGACUGGGUUCCCAGAAAAUUUGAUGUUUCUAUUGAUAUGCCAGACCUACUAGAUAUCAGCCAUCUCAGAGCCAGGGGCUUACAGCCAGGAGAAGAGGAACUGCCAGACAUCAGUCCCCCUAUAGUCAUUCCUGAUGACUCCAAAGAUCGCCUGAUGAACCAGUUGAUAGACCCCUCAGACAUUGAUGAAUCCUCCGUGAUGCAGCUGGCAGAGAUGGGCUUCCCUUUGGAAGCCUGCCGGAAGGCUGUGUACUUCACUGGAAACACUGGAGCUGAGGUGGCCUUCAACUGGAUUAUCGUGCACAUGGAGGAACCUGAUUUUGCUGAACCACUGGCUGUACCUGGGUAUGGAGGGGCUGGAGCCUCUGUCUUUGGUGCUGCUGGACUGGACAACCAACCUCCUGAGGAAAGCAUAGCUAUCAUCACCUCCAUGGGAUUUCAGCGCAAUCAGGCAGUGCAGGCCCUCCGAGCAACGAAUCAUAACCUGGAAAGGGCACUGGACUGGAUCUUCAGCCACCCGGAGUUUGAAGAGGACAGCGACUUUGUGAUUGAGAUGGAGAACAAUGCCAAUGCAAACAUCAUGUCUGAGGCCAAGCCUGAAGGGCCCCGAGUCAAGGAUGGAUCUGGAAUGUACGAGUUAUUUGCAUUCAUCAGUCACAUGGGAACAUCUACAAUGAGUGGCCAUUAUGUCUGCCAUAUCAAAAAGGAGGGACGAUGGGUGAUCUACAAUGACCACAGAGUUUGUGCCUCAGAAAGGCCUCCUAAAGACCUGGGAUAUAUGUACUUUUACCGUAGGAUACCAAGCUAAGCCUCACAAGAGUUGGCGAGAAGAAGCCAUACAUCUUUUUAAUUUGCCAAAAAAGAAAAAAAAAAAGAAAGAAAACAGAAAAGUAAAGGAAAAAAGUUGGGACAGCUGGACAUAGAGGACUACAUGGCUAGUUAUUGCCUCUUCCAAGAGCCUGGUCACUCAACUGGACGCCUCCUGGAGAAGAACGAGAAGACAUUUAUUUCUAUUGGUGGCAAUACUCUGCUGUAGGGAAUUUUGUAACUGUUCAGGGAGUGGAUGAUGUAAGCAAAGACAUGGCCACCAGCACAUCAGAUACAGAGUGUCCUUCUCUCUCUUUUCCACUUUGGGGGUCAGUGGUGAGGCCUCUCCUACAGUGGAAAAAUGCCUCUAAAUGGGAAAUCAAAACCUGGGCUGGUUUUUAUUUGUAGCAUCAUGUUUUCAUUUCCCACAAUAAUUUCUGACCUAGCUAUGUGUACUAGGACAUCUGCAAUGGAAGCUAUUUUUAAUUUAAAUCACAUCAGACUUAAUAAUCCACUGUAUGAAUGUGUGUGAGAGUGUAUGUGUGGCCUUUGUAGUCCGCUGGAAAUCUGAUGGGUUGGUGUUCAAAGGCCCAAUAGUUGCUGUUAAGCAUAUUUGGAAAAGGCAGGCAAACAUUUUAACAAACCUAUAACUCAGGAACAAUUGUUAAAAAUUAGUUCCCCACCUGGAUUUUAAGGAGUACAAAGGGCUGUGCUGUGGCCUCUAAGUGCUUUCUGGCAUUCAUGUGGGUUUGUGCCAGUUGACAUCAAUGCCAGGUGCCUAAGUCUUGUCCUAUUGUGCUUUGCCAAAGGCAGAUGGCUUCUCUUCCUCAGCAGCGUAUUCCCUCAAAGCUUUGUGUUUAUUUGUAGCUAGGUCAGUGGUCUCCUAAGCCUUGUGCUUAGUCCCUGGAAUCAUGUUAAAUGCCCUUAGUUUGUCUGAUUUUCUGAACUUUCUCAUGUUUUCGCUUCUCUGCUUCUCAGGGCCCAGCCUCACCUCUGCCCUUGCUGCCUAUCUGCUGUGACCCCAAGUGUGACCUUGGGCACUUUAGGAUGUGAGCUGCAGAGGCACUUCUGUAACAUCUGGACAGCUGUCCUUUCCAGCUGUUCAUCUCAGUGUCUUAGCUGCAGCCUGAGAUCAGAGCAGAGUUCUGAAUGUGCUAUGGAGAGGAAUGAGCUCACUGUCAUGUACUUACUGCUUUUCAUCAAACUCCUGUCCCUGGAGUUUCUAGUUCAGACUAGUCGAUCAAGUGAAAAAGGAUUUAUUGCUGUCUGCUUACUUGUUUGAUUGGAAAGAUCUUUCUAGAAACUGCAGGAAAAUAAAGAAGUAAAACUAACUGGGCUGAGUAAAGCAGAGGCAUAGGACUUGGAUGUGGUGAGUUUGAACAGCCAGGGUUCUGUUAAGCCAGGGUCCCUGUCUGAAGGAAGGUCAUGUGUACUGCAAGCCCGGGCUGUGGAACUGGGGCCAGAGGCCCGGAAACCUGGGUGCUGCCUCAACUGGCUGUGGGCCUUGGCCAGUCCUGCCUUUUACCUGUGCCUCACUCCUCAUCUGCAUGGUGGUGAGGUGGCGCAUCUCCUGUUUCUAGCAGGCUUUGACCAGCGAGGAACCUUCACAGAGCACAGAAGGUGGAGCAUGGUAGACCAGGAGAGUACGAUCCCUGCCUCCUCGACUAGCUGAUGCUUUUUCCCUCUGGGAACAAAGGACAUGGCGGGAGGGAGUGCAUGAUGCAGUCGUUCUCUACCACACUGUCCCACUGACCCCUUGAGGCUUGGCUCUGAGAUCCCGAGUCUGCUAUGUGUGUCCCUGACCAGCCUGCCCCCUCACCCCACCCCCGUGGGAAUUCCCACACAAAGCAGCCUUACAAAACCCACUCCCUAUAGGGCCACAUGUCAUGGAAUAAUGACUCUGAACACACCUUACUGGUGGCUGGUUUGCAGUGUUACAAAGCAAAGGCCUUCUGAGGGGGUAGGGGGCUCUUUGGAAGUUUGAAUUCAAAUGUGGUCAAAGAUAGCAUGUAUAUUUUGAACAAAAUAAAAAUUUUAUAAAAACUUUGCAAUA